AUGCCCUCGAUGGAUUACUUGCGUACGAAGCGCUCGAGCAUGCACCAGCCGCUCGAGGAUGAACGUCCUGCAAAGCGCAUCAUGACACCUGCUGGUCAACGUCUCUCCAUCAUCCUCGAUAACAAACGGGCCAAGUCGCCACCAGCCCCGGCAAAGAUUAGUGUCACCACCACCAGCACAUACUGCAACGAUCCCAACCACACACACAUUGGCCAGGUGCAACAUGGACCCAAGGUUCCCAAGAAGGUCGGUGUCGUGUCGCUGUUGACAGGUGGGCGACUUGGCGAUACUCCACGAGAGAGUAGCGAAGAGCGAAGUCACAAUGGCAGCAACCUCAGUGUCAGUGUAUGGAGCGAUAAGGAUGCAGAGAAGUUUGGACACAUCAGACAUAGGAGACGGAGAGGCAUGGCAGGAUGGUCUUGUACAAGACUGGCUAUCCUUGCUGCUAUCAUCCUCACCUUGAUAAUAGGCUUGGCUGUUGGUUUGGGCGUAGGGCUGAAAAAGAAGUCGAGCAGCAACAACACAAACCAAACAUCCACUGCCGGUAAUUCACAGUCUUCAGCCAGCGAUACAAGCAGCCGUCCCGAAUCAGACGUGCCCGCACCCGCAGCAUCCUCCCCCCUAACCCCAGCCGCUCCUCCCCCCAACUUCCCCCUCGGAGCCUACUCCAUCAUCACCUUCCUCGACACCACCACCACAGGCUGCACCCCGGCGGAAAACACAUGGACCUGCGCACCCUUCACCGACUACUACAGCGACCCGCAAAAAGCCCUCACCAUUCUCAACUGGCAAAUCAGCGGCACAGAGGGGGCCUACAAGAUCUCCUCCAACGGCCACGACGACACAUUCGGCACCUCCUUCCAAAACGAGAAUUUGCAGCUGCUCGACGCCGGCAAGGACACCGAACGCUACUGGUUCCAGGUCAGCCGGUCCAAGCGCGUCAACGUGACGGGGAGUUUGGCCAACGAGAGAGGCAACUUCGAGUGCGAUUACCCGGCUACGGGGAUUCAGGGCUACUUGUACACCAAGAUGCAACGAACGUAUCCAGACGAUAGGAUCGCGGUUAGGCAUGCGGAUAGUCCUGCUUGGCCUUAUGCCGCGCGCGUCGAGCAAAACGUAGCAGGCGGCACGGACAUUCCCUCGUGUCGCAAGGACAGAGGCGAUCAGGUCCGCCUCAAGUCGCAGGAUUCGAGUACCCUCUGCGCGUGCUUGUACAAGAACUGGACGCCUACGAAACCGGGGAGUUGA